GUCGCUCUUUUUUUAGACUUGCUUUGGUGUCUUUUGGUGUAGAUUCUGUCUUUCCAGCCAGAGGCCGGUGGGAAGAUGCUGCAAAUUAGUUCCAGGGGCCUGAGGUUGUUGUUGCGGGACAUCCACGGCUUUUCUACACGAUUCAGAGGUUUUGCUGCUUCGGCCUCAGCGCACUCGUACGAUAUGAGAAGAGUCGAAAUAACUCCGCUGGAGCAACGGAAACUCACCUUCGAUACCCAUCGUCUUGUGCGAGAUCUAGAAGCCCAUGGGUUUGCAAAAGAACAGGCUGAAACGGUUGUCUCGGCAUUAAUGAGUUUGUCAUCGGUCAGCCUGGACACUGUCUACAAGGAUAUGGUAACACAAGCCCAACAGGAAAUAACUUUGCAGCAGAUAAUGUUUCAUCUGGAUUCCAUUCGCAAGGAUAUGGUCAUUCUUGAGAAGAGCGAGUUUGCCAAUUUGAGAGCAGAAAACGAGAAAAUGAAAAUUGAAUUGGAUCAAGUUAAACAGCAACUAAUGAAUGAAAUUAAUCAAAUCAAAGCAGAAAACAAGCUCGACAUCAAUUUGGAGAGAAGCAGAGUGACCGAUAUGUUCACAGAUCAGGAAAGAAAGCUGAUGGAAGCCUCAACAGAAUUUCAUAAAAAGGAUUCAAGCACCAACAGUUCCCUUACAGAAGUCAACAAUAAGAUUGAUGCUGAAAUUGCAGCUCUCAAAACACUCAUGGAGUCGAAUAAGCUGGAAACCAUCCGUUACUUAGCAGCCUCUGUUUUCACUUGCCUUGCUAUUGCUUUGGGAUUUUAUCGGUUUUGGAAAUAAGAAGCCCUCCAAUGGGAGGAAGAGAAAAAGGACAGAGCAAAAACACUCCUAAUUGGACACCUACAACAUAUCUGAGAUAACCUCUUCUGGCUGAUCCUUUCAGCCUUCCUUCAUCAGCCAGUGAUCUUUUUCAUCCUCCAUUGCUCUGGACAAAACCGCUCAAAACAGUUUGCGCCCAAUUGAAGAGUGAUCUACUGGAGCCCAAGAGAUCUGUGGCGCUUGAAGAUCUAGACAAGGGAGGUAAAGCUGCAAUCAGCUGUCGUGUCAUGUACUGCAGCUGGUUUUUCUCUUCUCCAGCCUGAUCUUCUUGGCCUUCGUCCUUCGGGUUGAAUUUCCUUGCUCUCCACUGCAGCUGAGUUGGGACUGUAGCUUUGAGAAUUCAGAUUGGCUGAGAAUUUACACAGCUGCACCCCUAACAUAUCUGGAACGUCCCAACAGCAGAACCACUGUUUUCUCUGCACAAAUGUGUCUCCGAGUUUAGAGCUUCUGGUGGAGAAAUUUCUUCUCAUCAGGUGUUCUGUUGCCCUCAUACAUAACAGCACUAGAGAUCACGUCCCACCUGGGACGAGAUAACCAACCAGCAGAGAAUGUUUAAACACUAGUUUAUCCUUAAUGUCUAAGACGACUGAAUGUAUUGCAAUUUUCUUUUCCCCCACGGAACACACAAUGCUACUUAUAUUCCAUUCUAGACUGGAAAUCUAGGCCCUUUCUAUGUUGGUAUUCUCAGCAUUGCAUAGUAGCAAUUCUGCCCCGGCAUUCUUCAACCAAACGUAUGGACUUCAACUCCCAGAAUUCUCUUAAUCGCCUUGACUUUUGCUGGGAAUUCCAGGAACUGAGAGGCAUGGAGGCUGGAGGAUCUAUAAGCCGCCCGGGAUCCCUUCUAGGGGAUAUAGGUGACAUAAAAAAAUAAAUAAAUAUAUAAUAGUUUCAGAAAAGGCUGAAAGAUCUAGGACAGUGUUUCUCAACCUUAGAGCAAUUUUAACAAGGCUGGCUAGGGGAAUUCUGGGCGUUGAAGUCCACUCAUCUUAAAGGUUGAGAAACACUGAUCUAGGAUAGCCUACAAUUGUUGACUGAAACUAACGCUGGGACCUUUUGAGAGUCAAGAGGUGCUUUAUUGCUAAAUCUUGGCCUUUUUCAGUUAAGCAAAAAAAAAAAAGCCAAGGUGCCUUUUAAAAUUUAGCUUAGCCCCGUUUGUAAGGCAGAAGGAAAGCCAGAGCAAUUUCAAAAUGCCGCAGUCUUUGAAUUCUCUUUUGUGGUAAUCCGGUAGAAGUUUUAACUAUUGGGUGCAUUUGUUAAUCUGUGAUGCUCUUGCUAGAUUACUCUUCUUCUCUUAUCAAGAGUUGUUUAGAUUCACCUUAACCCUGGGGUAGACAACCUUGGCUCUUUUAUGACGCGUGGACUUCUCCCAGAAUUCCUGAGCCAGCAUGGCUCAGCUUGGAAACUCUCCCUUUCCCCUCAGCAUGGCUGGCUCAGGAAUUCUGGGAGUUGAAGUCCACAAGUCAUAAAAGAGCCAAGGUUGCCUACCCCUGCUUUAACCAAUUGGCUGUUUUGGGGAAGUCAAAACACUUACCAGCAUAACACAACUCGCUUAAAAACUGAUGUGACACUCGGGCUUGUUAGCCCUAACUUAUUGAAUGAGUCUUGAUUAGCUGGAUUUACCCAAGACACGAAAUCAUAAAUCUGGGGUUUAUAGACUGCAGUUGCUGGUUGUCUGAUAUUCAGAACUUUUGCUGGUUCCACAACAGUGCUAAAUGUCCCUGGUAGCCAUCGACACACUCCAAAAAUGACAAGCCAGGCCUGGAAGACGAGCAUGUAGGUGGUUAACAACCCCAUCCCCACCCCGCCAAAUGCAGAAAAGCUCCAAAGUUAUGGCUCCAUUGUAGGGGGAAGGGGGGUGUCAAAAGAAAAAUCUAAUAUUUAUAUUUUUGACGCCUCUGCUUUCUCCCAACAGUACAUAAGCCACAUAGUGGUUGGCUUUGUGUGAUAGAAUUGGAUUAGUUAAACCAAUGAGUGUUUACCUAAAAUGGUGUGUCCACAUACAACAGUGGCCCCCAACCUUUUGGGCACCAGGGACCGGUUCCGUGGAGAGAUUUUUCCGUGGACCAGAAGGGGGUGUGGUUUUGCACGCUGCCUGCAUCCCCACAUGCACAGAUGGGUCUUGUGCAGGCCAGUUUUUGGGGCGCCAUUAACAAGUACCUGUGCCGCAGCCUCGGAUUUGGGGACCCCUGAUGUACAACUAUUGACAAGGGCUGAUUUUCAAUUCCAUGCAGAGGGCAACUUACCCAUCACCAGGCUAGUUCAAAAGGGUGAGUUGAAUCUGGAGCCUUAAUAAGGAUAUCACGUUUUCUACAUCUUGUCUCUGAUCUAACCUGCUCUAGAUUUUUUUUUUUUUUAGCCUUUCCCAAUUCAUCCAGAAUAUCGAGAUAUCACGUUGAAAAGACAGUUUCAGAAGCUCUGAUGUGAGCGAGAGAAAGGAAGGAUUUACUAUUAUUAUUAUUACUGAAGAUAUCCUUUAAAAUACCACAUUAAUUCCCAGGAAACUUUAAACCUUCCUUUCCAGAGCUAUAUUUUCUGCUUUUUAUCUUGCGUUAUCCACAAAAUACAGGGUGCUUAAAGCUGCCAGAUGUUUUCCUUUGCGAAGGGAAGAUUUAAGUAUGCAUCGCCAGCUGCUUUAUUCCCCUCAAAUACGUGCAUCAGACAGAUUGUUAUUGUUUGUUUGUUUUUUUAAUGCAGUAUUGUGUUUUGUAGUUCUAUAAAAUAGUCUGGCCUCCUAUUGUGCUUUCCAGAUGUUGGAGAAAUAAUUGUAUUUUUACUCUCACACGUUGAAGGGAGGUGGGUUGGGACAGUGGCCCCAAAGCACAAGGAAAGUGAAUUUCUUCAGAAAUCAUUCUUGUUGCUGAAUUUUACAAACCAAAGUUCUUGGAAGUGAAUGUCUCUGUUUUAAUAUUAAACAUUUGCUGACCACAUG